CGCAAACUGCUGUUUGUCCGGUCAGCUGAUAAAAUGAUGGAAGGAAACCGGGAUGAAGCUGAAAAAUGUUUAAACAUCGCUAUUAAAGUCCUCGAAGAUGGCAAUAAAGACAAAGCUUUGAAAUUCCUCUACAAAGCAGAAAAACUGUAUCCAACCAAGAAAGCAAAAGUGUUGUUGGAAGCCUUGCUGAGGAAUGGUACAUCGGCAGGGAACAGCACUGCAUACUGCAGGAAGUCAUCAAAUGGAACAGACCCUGGAUCCCAAACCCAACAUGAGGCACAGAAACGGGACUCCACUGCAGAUUUAACAAAAGGAUUUACUAAGGAGCAAGCUGAAGGGGUACAAAGGAUAAAGAAGUGUAAGAAUUACUAUGAGGUACUGGCUAUCAGAAAAGAUGCCAAUGAUGAGGAACUGAAAAAGGCCUACAGAAAACUGGCUUUGAAAUUCCACCCUGACAAAAACCAUGCACCAGGAGCAACCGAGGCCUUUAAAAAAAUUGCAAAUGCUUAUGCAGUGCUCAGUAACCCAGAGAAGAAGAGGCAGUAUGAUGUUUGUGGAGGAGAGGAGCCUAGCAGCGCUCAUGGAGGAUUUGAUUUCCACAGAGGCUUUGAGUCUGAUAUUACACCUGAAGAUCUCUUUAACAUGUUCUUUGGAGGCGGCUUCCCUUCACCAAACGCACAAGAAUUCGCUAAUGACCGAACAUACAGUCACCAUACGGACCAAACCAGAGGAGAGAGAACGGAGGAGAGAGGAGAGGGUGGGUACUCCAUGUUUAUUCAGCUGAUGCCCAUAGCUGUGCUGGUCUUGGUCUCAGUCCUCAGCCAGAUGAUGGUGUCCACACCUCCUUAUAGCCUUUACUCCAGACCGUCCACAGGACAGACUGUUAAGAGACAAACAGAGAACCUGCAUGUGGACUAUUUUGUCACCAGAGAUUUCAAAUCAGAAUAUAAGGGCUCAGCUUUGCUAAAGAUUGAGAAGAAUGUAGAGGAGGAUUAUGUUUCUAAUGUGCGCAACAACUGCUGGAAGGAAAGACAGACAAAAACAGACCUGCUGUAUGCUGCUAAGGUCUACAGAGAUGAAAGACUACAGCGAAAGGCUGAGCUCAUGACCAUGGAGAACUGCAAAGAGCUGGACAGAUUAAACAACCUGUUCCGUGGUGGAUAAACCUCAAACUGAUACUAACAGACACUUAAGAAAAUAAGACACCGUGGUAUAUUUUUUUUUUU